GACUUUGGAGAAAUCUGGGGGAAAGAAUGCGACUACAAUCUCAUCUUCAGUCACGUACGGUUUCACCAUGGACAUCACCAACCAAAUCUACAACAAUUCUCUACUCAACCACGAUUCUCCCGAUUAUAAGUUAUUGUUCACACGAGUUAACGGCAUUCUCUACUCCAUCUAUGGCUGUAACACUUGUACCACACACACAAUUUAUCAUGGAGUAUCAGCGAUGACCUUCAGCAAUGAAACUGGAACCGUGCUUGUCAAGGCUAUGCUCACGUUUCAGUCAAACCAAAUCAACGCUGAAAUAAUCAAAAACCUGUUUAACAAAGCAAGCGCUGGCAAUGAAAUAAAUGGAAUUAAAAUCAACCCUAAAUUCACACAAACCUCAUCAGGAUCAACUACCAACACAACAACCACUCUUCCCACAACUACUACCACUAGAGCCACCACUCGUCCAACCACUACAACCACCACUCGUCCUAUUCCUCCUCAUCGUCCUCCACCUCCUCCACAUCGUCCUCCUCCUCCUCCACCAGCACACCACAAUGCUGCCGCUUCCUUUUUUUAUCAAGGUCCUAUAACUCUGACUUCAUUUCUUUGCCUCAGUGUUUCAUUUUGCUUCUUUUUCCUCCCCAGCUAUUCAUUUUAAUUUUGUAAACCUGGUUUGUCAUAACAACCUGGUAUAGUGUGUCACUUAAAAAAUAUUAUAUGUAAUAUUUGUCCCACCACUCAUCCCACCACUUAUCCCACAAGUCUUCCUCCUGCUUUACCCCCCAUCCCACCAGUCUUCAUACCAUUCCAACCUUCACUCAUCCCACCUUUACCUCUAUCACCACCACUCAUACCAUUUCUGUAACAAUGACUCAUCACUACAAAUUCUGCUUUACUAACUGAUUCUGCCUACAAAAAUAAUAACAUAGUAUAGAUAUUGGUUUCCUAAAACUAAAAUGGAAAAAAAAAAUCAUUUGUUAUGGCAGUUUGAAAAGUAAAUAAAUAUUGGUGUAGUAUGAUUUAAAAACGUUGGUGUUUUCUUAGAUAUUGUUGUUGUUUUUUUUCUUU